CCUGAGCCCUGAGCGCAGCGCGCCUUCUCCCCGCCCUCCCGCCACUCUCGGACGCAGCACCAGAGCUGCCACCGCCCAGGGAGUAAAGGUCGCGCGGGCCGGAGCGAGCGGGCUUCGGCGCCAGAAGGUCGGUCCACCAGAGGAAGGAGCGCGGAGGAACUGGGACCGGUCCGCGGAGAUUGCACCGGCGGUGCACAGAGAGCGCGCGAGCGAGCGAGGAGCCUGGCCUCAGAGCGCAGCCCCGACCCGGCGUCCCGGGAGGUGUCCGGGGCUCCGGCUCCAUCCGCGGGGACAUGUCGUACAGCGAGCUCUACACCCGGUACACAAGGGUCUGGAUCCCUGACCCAGAUGAAGUGUGGCGUUCAGCUGAGCUAACCAAGGACUACAAAGAUGGGGAUAAGAGCCUGCAGCUCAGACUGGAAGAUGACACAGUUCUGGAAUACCCAAUCGAUGUCCAGAAAAACCAGGUGCCAUUCUUACGGAAUCCAGAUAUCUUAGUCGGGGAAAAUGACCUGACUGCCCUUAGUUAUCUCCAUGAGCCCGCUGUUCUGCAUAAUUUAAAGGUCCGUUUCCUGGAGUCCAACCACAUCUACACUUAUUGUGGUAUCGUGCUUGUGGCCAUCAACCCAUAUGAGCAGCUGCCAAUCUAUGGACAAGAUGUCAUCUAUGCCUACAGUGGCCAAAAUAUGGGUGACAUGGACCCCCACAUCUUUGCUGUGGCAGAAGAAGCCUACAAGCAGAUGGCCAGAGAUGAAAAGAACCAAUCCAUCAUAGUCAGCGGAGAGUCUGGAGCAGGGAAGACGGUGUCAGCCAAGUAUGCCAUGCGCUAUUUUGCCACAGUUGGUGGCUCAGCCAGUGAUACCAACAUUGAAGAGAAGGUCCUGGCAUCCAGUCCCAUCAUGGAGGCCAUCGGAAAUGCCAAGACCACUCGCAACGACAAUAGCAGUCGCUUUGGGAAGUUCAUUGAGAUUGGCUUUGAUAAAAAAUACCACAUCAUCGGGGCCAACAUGAGGACCUACUUGCUGGAGAAGUCUAGGGUGGUCUUUCAGGCAGAAGAUGAGAGGAACUACCACAUCUUUUACCAGCUCUGUGCUGCUGCCAGCCUUCCUGAGUUUAAAGAACUUGCUCUAACGUGUGCAGAGGACUUUCUCUAUACAUCCCACGGAGGAAGCACGACCAUCGAGGGUGUCGAUGACGCAGAGGACUUUGAGAAGACACGACAAGCCCUCACACUCCUUGGAGUGCGGGAUUCCCAUCAAAUAAGCAUCUUUAAGAUAAUUGCUUCCAUCUUGCAUCUUGGAAGUGUGGAGAUUCAGUCAGAGCGUGAUGGGGAUUCCUGCAGCAUACCACCGCAGGAUGAACACUUGAGCAACUUCUGCCGCCUGCUGGGAGUAGAGCACAGUCAGAUGGAGCACUGGCUGUGCCAUCGCAAGCUGGUCACCACCUCGGAGACCUACGUCAAGACCAUGAGCCUGCAGCAGGUGGUCAACGCGCGCAACGCUCUGGCCAAGCACAUCUAUGCCCAGCUGUUCUCCUGGAUUGUGGAGCACAUCAACAAGGCCCUGCACUCCUCUCUUAAGCAGCACUCCUUCAUUGGGGUCCUGGAUAUCUACGGGUUUGAGACCUUCGAGAUUAACAGCUUCGAACAGUUUUGUAUCAACUAUGCCAAUGAAAAGCUCCAGCAACAGUUCAAUUCGCAUGUGUUCAAGCUGGAGCAAGAGGAAUACAUGAAGGAGCAGAUUCCGUGGACCCUGAUUGACUUUUAUGAUAACCAACCUUGUAUCGACCUCAUAGAAGCAAAGCUGGGUAUCCUGGACCUGUUGGACGAAGAGUGUAAGGUCCCCAAAGGAACUGACCAGAACUGGGCCCAGAAGCUCUAUGAACGGCACUCCAGCAGCCAGCACUUCCAGAAACCACGCAUGUCCAACACAGCCUUCAUUGUCGUCCACUUCGCAGACAAGGUGGAGUACCUUUCCGAUGGCUUUCUGGAGAAAAAUAGGGAUACAGUCUAUGAAGAACAGAUCAACAUCCUGAAAGCCAGCAAGUUCCCACUAGUGGCUGACUUGUUCCAUGAUGACAAGGACUCUGUUCCUGCCACCAGCACAGCUAAGAAUCGAUCAACUUCAAAGAUCAACAUUCGCUCCUCCAGACCCCCCAUGAAGGUCUCCAACAAGGAGCAUAAGAAAUCCGUGGGCUACCAGUUCCGCACUUCCCUAAACCUCCUAAUGGAGACCCUGAACGCCACAACACCACACUACGUGCGAUGCAUCAAGCCCAAUGACGAAAAGCUCCCCUUCCACUUCGACCCAAAGAGAGCUGUGCAGCAGCUCAGAGCCUGCGGAGUGUUGGAAACCAUUCGGAUCAGCGCAGCUGGCUACCCGUCCAGGUGGACCUACCACGACUUCUUCAACCGGUAUCGUGUGUUGAUGAAGAAGAGAGAGCUUGCCAACACCGACAAGAAGAGCAUCUGCAAGUCUGUGCUGGAGAGUCUCAUCAAGGAUCCAGACAAGUUCCAGUUUGGCCGCACCAAGAUCUUCUUCCGGGCAGGCCAAGUGGCCUACUUGGAGAAGCUGCGGGCAGACAAGUUCCGGGAAGCCACCAUCAUGAUCCAGAAGACAGUCAGGGGCUGGCUGCAGAAGCUGAAGUAUCGUAGGCUGAAGGCAGCUACCAUAACCCUGCAGAGGUUCUACAGAGGACACCUGGCUCGCAGGCUGGCUGAGCACCUGAGGAGAACCCGUGCAGCCAUAGUGUUCCAGAAGCAGUACCGGAUGCAGAGGGCCCGCCAGGCCUACCGGAGAGUCUGCAGGGCUGCAGUCGUCAUCCAGUCCUUCACGCGAGCCAUGUUUGUGAGAAGAAACUACUGCCAGAUUCUCAAGGAGCAUAAAGCCACCAUCAUCCAGAAGUAUGCCCGGGGCUGGAUGGCACGGAGACAUUUCCAGAGGCAGCGGGAUGCAGCCAUCGUCAUCCAGUGUGCCUUCCGGAGGCUCAAGGCCAAGCAGGAGCUGAAGGCCCUCAAGAUCGAGGCCCGCUCUGCAGAGCAUCUGAAACGUCUCAAUGUGGGCAUGGAGAACAAAGUCGUCCAGCUACAGCGGAAGAUUGAUGACCAGAACAAAGAGUUCAAGACUCUGUCGGAGCAGUUGUCUGUGGUCACCUCCACACAUGCCAUGGAGGUGGAGAAGCUGAAGAGGGAGCUGGCACAUUACCAGCAGAACCAGGAGGCCGAUACCAGCCUGCAGCUGCAGGAGGAGGUGCAGAGCCUACGCACUGAACUACAGAGGGCUCAGUCGGAGCGGAAGGUCCUAGAAGAUGCCCACAGCAGGGAGAAUAAUGAGCUGAGAAAGCGAGUUGCAGAUCUGGAACAUGAAAAUGCUCUCUUGAAGGAUGAGAAAGAACACCUUAAUAACCAAAUCCUGCGCCAAUCCAAAGCUGAAUUUUCCCAGAGCUCUGUGGAGGAGAGCCUCCUGAUGAAGAAGGAGCUGGAGGAGGAGAGGUCCAGGUACCAGAACCUUGUGAAGGAAUACUCCCGGCUGGAGCAGAGAUAUGAGAACCUACGAGACGAGGUGACCGUCCUAAAGCAAACUCCGGGCCACAGGAAGAACCCCUCAAAUCAAAGUAGUUUAGAGUCUGACUCCAAUUACCCAUCCAUUUCCACUUCUGAGAUUGGAGACACCGAGGAUGCCCUUCAGCAGGUGGAGGAGAUUGGUGUAGAGAAGGCAGCGAUGGACAUGAGCGUCUUCCUGAAGCUGCAGAAGAGAGUGCGGGAACUGGAGCAGGAGAGGAAGAAGCUGCAGGUGCAGCUAGAAAAGGAGCAGCAGGACAGCAAGAAAGCACAGAUGGAACAACAGAACAAUGGCAUAGAUGUGGACCACGAUGCGGAUCUGGCUUACAACAGUCUGAAGAGACAAGAGCUUGAGUCAGAGAACAAGAAACUAAAGAACGACCUGAAUGAGCUGAGGAAAGCUGUUGCUGACCAAGCCAUGCAGGACAACUCCACCCAUAGCUCCCCAGACAGCUACAGCCUCCUGUUGAACCAGCUCAAGCUGGCCAAUGAGGAGCUGGAGGUCCGCAAAGAGGAGGUGCUGAUCCUCAGGACCCAGAUCAUGAACGCUGACCAGCGCCGAUUGGCUGGCAAGAACAUGGAGCCGAACAUCAAUGCCAGAACAAGCUGGCCCAACAGUGAAAGACAUGUGGACCAGGAAGAUGCCAUCGAGGCCUAUCAUGGGGUCUGCCAGACAAACAGCCAGACUGAGGAUUGGGGAUAUUUGAAUGAAGAUGGAGAACUCGGCUUGGCUUACCAAGGCCUAAAACAAGUUGCCAGGUUGCUGGAGGCACAGCUGCAGGCCCAGAGCCUGGAGCACGAGGAGGAAGUGGAACGUCUCAAGACCCAGGUGGAGACCCUGAAGGAGGAGAUGGACAAGCAGCAGCAGACCUUCUGCCAGACCCUGCUGCUCUCCCCAGAGGCCCAGGUGGAAUUCGGCGUCCAGCAGGAGAUAUCUCGGCUGACCAAUGAGAACUUGGAUUUUAAAGAACUGAUAGAAAAACUGGAAAAGAAUGAGAGGAAGCUGAAAAAGCAGCUGAAGAUUUACAUGAAGAAGGUCCAGGACUUAGAAGCUGCCCAGGCAUUGGCACAGAGUGACAGGAGGCACCAUGAACUCACAAGACAGGUCACGGUCCAGCGAAAGGAGAAAGACUUCCAAGGCAUGCUGGAGUAUCACAAGGAGGAUGAGGCUCUCCUCAUCCGGAACCUGGUGACAGAUCUGAAGCCCCAUAUGCUGUCGGGCACCGUGCCCUGUCUGCCUGCAUAUAUCCUCUACAUGUGUGUCAGGCAUGCGGAUUACACCAACGAUGACCUCAAGGUACACUCGCUGCUGAGCUCCACCAUCAAUGGCAUUAAGAAAGUCCUCAAGAAGCACAAUGAUGACUUUGAGAUGACAUCCUUCUGGUUAUCCAACACCUGCCGCUUCCUUCACUGUUUGAAGCAGUACAGUGGGGACGAGGGCUUCAUGACGCAGAACACCCCGAAGCAGAAUGAGCACUGCCUCAAGAACUUUGACCUCACUGAAUAUCGGCAGGUGCUAAGCGAUCUUUCCAUUCAGAUCUAUCAGCAGCUCAUUAAAAUUGCCGAGGGCUUGUUACAACCGAUGAUAGUUUCUGCCAUGUUGGAAAACGAGAGUAUCCAGGGGCUAUCUGGUGUGAGGCCAACCGGUUACCGGAAGCGCUCCUCCAGCAUGGUGGAUGGAGAGAACUCCUACUGCCUGGAGGCCAUCAUCCGCCAGAUGAAUUCGUUUCAUACGGUCAUGUGUGACCAGGGCCUGGACCCUGAGAUUAUCCUUCAGGUGUUCAAGCAGCUCUUCUACAUGAUCAACGCUGUGACCCUUAACAACCUGCUCCUGCGGAAAGAUGCCUGCUCUUGGAGUACAGGCAUGCAGCUCAGGUACAACAUAAGUCAACUUGAAGAGUGGCUUCGAGGAAAAAACCUUCACCAGAGCGGAGCAGUGCAGACCAUGGAGCCUUUGAUCCAGGCGGCCCAGCUCCUCCAACUGAAGAAGAAAACCCAGGAGGAUGCUGAAGCCAUCUGCUCUCUGUGUGCCUCCCUCAGCACCCAGCAGAUUGUCAAAAUUUUAAACCUUUACACUCCCUUGAAUGAAUUUGAAGAGCGGGUGACAGUGUCCUUUAUACGAACAAUCCAGGCCCAACUACAAGAGAGGAACGACCCUCAGCAGCUGCUGCUGGACUCCAAACACAUGUUUCCUGUUCUCUUUCCAUUUAAUCCAUCUUCUCUGACCAUGGACUCAAUCCACAUCCCAGCAUGCCUCAACCUGGAGUUUCUCAAUGAAGUCUGAGGAUGCGUGCUUCCAAGGCAAACAAGGAAGCACAUGCAAUCAGCUGAGAGAAUUCUAGAUCAAUAUGCCCAAAGUAGAUCAAACCAGAGUUAGAGAACUCGUGGAGAGUACUGAACCAAACGAAGUGACGCACACUGUCAUUAGUUUUUGUAUAUGCUGCUCAGAAUAAAAGCACUUGAAUGUGGAAGACUGUUAGAGGUUUGACUUGAGUUUAAACAAAGGCUUGUCAAAAUGAACAGCGCCACAUAGCUCUGGUUGUCAGUUCCAGAGUAGAAGUGCCUAGCUGCGAUCGCUGUGUGUAACUGGAGGAUGUCCAAGUUAAGAUAAUAUUAAAAAUAAUGACGUAAAUUGCCUUCAUGGGUAUUUCAACAAAUAAUGAUACUAAUACCAUAAAUAUGAUGGAUAUUGAUAAACCAAAGAGGUGUGUGAGCUCGUAGUGAGAGUUUUAAGAACAGUAUGGGCCUGGGCCUCCAUGGACGCUUCCCCAAGGUAUUCCCUAAUGCCAGUGAGUGCAAGAUGAUGGUACCAUUGGCCUCCAGACCAAAUGUCGUGUAGAUUGUUUCAGCAAAUUGGAUGAUGUGGACCCUGGUAUGCUUGAGUUUUUGCGUGAGUCUGAGGUUUAUGGGAGAGCCGCUCUAGCCAUGCUGCCGUCACAAGGGCCACGUGAGAGAAAGGUGGAGUACAGUUUCCAUUGCCAGUCAGUGCCCUGAGACCAGCAAAGCCUCCACAACACUGUAAAUAUGAAAAAAUGGUAGAUGAGAAUGGAUAACAUUUAUCUGCAGGCUAAAAACCGAACCAGUGUGAAAGCUCUUUAACUCCCCAAUGUCACUAAACCUUCGACCAGGUCUUCACAGCGCCCUGUGGAUUCUAGAUCCCAAAAUCACAAGGGAAACAGACUUCAGUUUCAGAACCCAAUUGUCUGAAAAGUCUCUGGAGGAGAAAGCAUGGUCACUAAGUUAUUAUCCAAAGAUUUAUGGCUUUUUAAAAAACUGCUCUGAAAGACUACAAUAGCUUAGGGCCAACUUUCCCUCCUCAAGUUAUUUUCAACAUUUUUUUUCAAAUUUUAAAAAUCAAUGUAAAUAUCUUACUAUGAAAGAUUUAAAAGACUAUUUAGUAAUAAUGGAACAGGCUUAUGUACUCGCUGCUCUUAGAAUUUUGUCUUGCUCUGGGGGACUUUUUGGGACUCGAGAACAAAGGUUUGGUUGGACAACCUAUAAAUUCUUUCUACCCAUUUUUAUAAUCAGUGUUUAUUAAAAGUGUGUGCUGUCCCUCUGACAGCAGCAGGUUGUUUGCAAAUCGUACAAGAGCCUCAUUAUCACACUGAGAUUUCUCCGUACUUUAGAAGCUCUCCCAGAGUGUUGCCCAGUUUAGAAGGUUCUUCGGAAUACAGGAGACUCCAAGCCCUAAAAUCCUGAGCUUCCCAGUCGUCCUUGCCUGCUGGGGACAGAACAAGAAGCAGCACCUGGCUUGACUAAAUCUGACGACAACAAACGCAUUGUUAUCUGCAUCAUCCCUUCUGUGCCCACAAUAAACACCACAGCUGCUCCAAGAGCAGUACAGCCCCUCCUCCUCAGUUACAGCCUCUGACAUCUGACUCUUAGAUGUCUGUCUCUAGGAUAGCCCCAACCCCCUAGUUACAGCCCCUGACAUGUUUCUAUCACACCUUUCAACCCCCAAAUGCAAACCGUUUGGAAAGCCAGUUUAAAAAACAAACAAACAAACAAACAGAACCUGGAUCUGUGGCUACCUCUUUAAAGUUAUUAAUGAAAAUAAUUUACUUUUUUAGUACACUUUAGUGUUCAAAUGGACUUGUGUAAAGACCCUUAAGAAUACCAAAAAUGCCUUGUUAAGCAUUUUUAGGAGGUGGCAUCUUCCCAAAUGUGGCUCUGAGCCCAUACACGGUUUAAAACCAUCACCUUCCCAUCCCCCCCAU